AUGAACAAAGACCACUUGUCAUAUAGCAUCACGCUUACAGCAUAUGCAAAACAUAAAGUCAGCUGUAUCUCAAAACUUUACAAUGAAGCGUGGGGUCUUUAUGAGGACAAACCUGCUUGGCUUGGCCAACAGCACCUUGUGUGCCAGUUUCACGAUCAAGGCGGCCAUUCCCAGAUUUGCCAAAUGUCGCCACCAGCCAAAUUGGAAUCGGGUCGACCUCUUGAAUUUUUUUUCGACGACGACGAAAAAUAUUUUUUGGCUGGUAGCGACAUUUGGCAAAUCUUGGAAUGGCCAUGA